AUGAGAAGCGGGGUGUGGUUUCCUGCAGCGGGACUGCUGGCUUGGCUAUGCUGCCUUGGUCUGGGGCCCGUUCAGGGGGGGAAGGUGCUGGUUAUGCCCGUGGAUGGAAGCCACUGGCUAAGCAUGAAGAUACUGGUGAAGGAGCUGAGCCGCAGAGGCCACGAGGUCAAGGUCCUGGUACCCGAAAGCAGCCUGUUGAUCCAAGGUUCUGACGGCUACACGACUGAAGUCUACAAAGUACCAUAUACUCAAGCUGAACUGGAUGAGAACAUGAACAACCUCAGGGCAGGACUUUUCGACGGGCAGCCUGGAAUCGGAGAUUUAUUUGUCAAUAUUGACCGUUUGGUGCAGUUUACGUCUCUCCAGUCAGUAGGAUGUGACGCUUUACUGGACAACAAGCCAUUGAUGGAUAAGCUCAGGGGAGAGGGAUUUGAUGUCAUGCUUACAGACCCUUUCCUUCCUUGUGGAUCCGUCCUGGCUCAUCUGUUUUCCAUCCCAGCUGUGUAUUUUUUGCGUGGGCUUCCCUGCGAGCUGGACAUUAAAGCUAACAAGUGCCCCUCUCCUGUUUCCUACGUCCCUAAGUUUUUCUCUGGUAACACAGACCAAAUGAACUUCCCGCAGAGGAUGAAAAACAUGCUGAUGUCUUUUCUCGAGUCAUACGUAUGCACCGUCCUGUACAAACACUUUGACGACCUUGUCAGCAGACGCAUCCAGGAUGGCAUGUCUUACAAGGAACUCAUAAGCCACGGGGCCAUCUGGCUUCUUAGAUAUGACUUUGUGUUUGAUUGGCCUAAACCUCUCAUGCCAAACAUGGUUUUAAUAGGCGGGAUCAACUGCGGAAAGACAGCUCCUCUUCCAGCAGACCUGAAGGAAUUUGUGGAUGGCUCAGGAGACGAUGGCUUCAUUGUCUUUACGCUGGGCUCAAUGGUGUCCAACAUGCCCGAAGAUAAGGCCAAGCUGUUCUUUGACGCCUUCCGAAAAAUUCCUCAGAGGGUUGUUUGGAGAUACACAGGCGAUUUACCCAAAGAUGUGCCCAAGAACGUCAAACUUAUGAAAUGGUUGCCUCAGAAUGAUCUCCUAGCCCACCCCAAGGCUAAAGUCUUCAUGACUCAUGGUGGGAGCCAUGGUAUCUAUGAAGGUGUCUGUAAUGGUGUUCCCAUGUUGAUGUUUCCACUCUUUGGGGACCAGGGGGACAAUGUACACCGAAUGGUGUCUCGCGGUGUUGCUGCAAAGCUCAAUGUGUUUGAUAUGACAACUGAAAAAUUGGUGGAUGCACUGAAAGAAGUGAUCUACGACAAAGGAUACAAAGAACGAAUGGUGAAGCUGUCCCAGAUCCACCUGGACCGACCUGUUGAGCCCUUGGACCUGGCGGUUUUUUGGUCCGAGUUUGUAAUGAGACACAAGGGAGCGCCACAUCUAAGAGUAGCCGCGCAUGACUUGAACUGGUUUCAGUACCACAGCCUGGACGUUAUCGGCUUUCUAGUUUUUAUUUUUGUCACCGUUUUGUGGGUGACACUGAAAUCCUGCUUGUUCUGCACUCGCAAGUGUUGCGGGAAGAGAAGUGCCAAGAAGAAAUCUGAAUAGUGUCUGUCAUAAAGUAAAUAGUUUGAACACAGCUGUGAAGUUUCUUUGCCUGGCGUACUGUAAAGUGUGUAUAGGUGACUGUAUUUUUCUAAGCCAUGUCUGUAUUUGGCCAGAACAUGUUUAAAAAAAAAAGAAAAAAGCUGGCACUGGUUUAUUUUUUUCUUAAGUCAACACCAAAUAAUUCAAUUUGAAUAAAAAUAUCAAGACCUAUUUAAAUUCAUUUAUACAUUUUGGAAUCAUAUAUGGGAGUUUCUUGAAUGGCUCCUGACAGAGUUUGAUUAAGAGGCAAGUUUCUGUCUCUGUUUCACAGGUAUAUUGGUGGAAUUGAAUACACAGACAGGUUUUGUUUUCUAAUAGUUGUUAACUUUUACUGAUGUAGACCUCCACAUUAUUGGAAGAUUUACAAAAAAAAACCUAACAAUAUAUAAUUUGCCAUCA